AUCCUAUAAACAAAUCGGGUUGCGAAUUGCGAUGACUUUCGCCAUUCAUGUCUGUGCGCCUUUCUCUCUCUCCCGCUCUCUCUCUUCCAUUUCCCCGAAAAUACUGUGAUUUCAUCUCUCCAUCUUUCCCACCAUGGGCUCUACCAGCAGUCGCUUAGGAGGUUCUUUAUCAUCAUCAUCUUCGCCACCCAAAAGAUCAUCAUCUGCCUCCGGGUCUUCUCACUCAAGACCCAAGGCAUCAAAGAACAGACUAUCUUCUCUCCUUUGUGGUGCCUCCACUUCUCGUUCAACCCUCGAGCUUGAAGAUUAUCCUCAAAACUCACCAAUAAGUUCCUUGGAAAAUCGAGCUCCAAUUAAUGAUAUUUCUCAAGAAUCUGUAACAGAAUCUUCAAUAUUUAGUGCAGAAGUUGGGUAUACUAGUUCCGAAUUUGAACCUGGAACUUCAUCAGAAAGCAGUAGUAGCUUUAAAGAGGACAUAUCUUGUGAUGCUUUACCAAAUGUUGAAGCUCGCAGCCAUAGGACCCGCAAUUUGAGGAAUAAGCAGCCAAUAGCCCAUCUGGCUUCUCGUGAAUUGAUCUCAGAAAUUGAAACGGUCAGUAUGGUUGAAGACAUUGAUGCCCACGAUUCAGGAAAGGAUGGUGAAAAUUCACGCAAUGUAGUGCAGGAGGUGAAAAACUCGUGUCCAGAAGGGGAUUUUGUUGAACAUCCCGGAACUGAUGAUGACACCAGCUCUAGUUCCGGGCCCGUUUCUGAAGUCCCUGAGUCGGCUAGAAGACUUACGUUGCCUGGGGAUGAUAACCCUCAAGUAACUACAACUUCUAGUUCGAGAUUUCUUUUGGCGGGCAAUGAUCAGGAUCGAAGCGUUAGAGAUUUGUUUCAUGUUGAUGUGGUGAGUAUCUCUUCCAACAUCUUAUCUAGUAGUGUUGCUGAUAUAAAUAACCGUGAAGCAAGAAGAAAUAGUAGGAGGCUCUUUUGGGAUGCUUUAUCGAGACACAGUUUAAGGAGGCAUAAUGAUUCCCCAACACUUGUUUUUGCCACUGGAAAUGCUGAUGAUCUAGGGUCUCAUGACAGAUGGCUUAUUGAUUUGAAUGGUGAUCUCCACUUUGAUGGAGUUGGAUAUGGUUCCAGUUACUUAGGAGAAACAGGUCAUCGCAGAAACGAACGAAGAUUGCCAUCAAGAUCAGAGAUCUCUGAAAGAGUUCACAGAGGCCACGGAAAUCGGGUUUCACAAACAUCAUUUUGCCCAUCCGGGCUCCACCCUGAUGGUACAUGCUCGUGCGAGUCAUUCUUCACAGCUGAAGAGUUCAGUACCCUUGCAAGUAUUUCACGAAUAAUCAUGCUUGCCGAGGCCUUAUUUGAGGUAAUCGACGAGAUUCAUAGACAAUCUUUCUCACUAUCAACGUUCUCACUUCCAGCUCCAGAAGCUACAGUAGAUGCGUUUCCUCUCAAAUACCACAAAACUUUAGAUCCCGUUGAAAAUGCGUUGGGUGAUACACAGCAGUGUUACAUCUGUUUGGCUGAGUAUGAAGAUGGUGACAAACUGAGGGUUCUCCCUUGUCAUCAUGAAUAUCACAUGACAUGUAUUGAUAAAUGGCUGAAAGAAGUAAACAGGGUAUGCCCGGUCUGCAGAUGCAACGUUUGUAAUGGUCCCGAGCAAAGUUCCAUCUCAACCACAGAAACCCCUUUGCAAUGAUUCAAAAAUUGUAAAUAUGCUAUGCAUACAAUACAUACAGACACACAUAUAUACAUAUAUGUAUUUUAUUCAGUUGCCAUCUUAGCUCUGUAACUUUCUUUGCAAGGUGUAAUAUAUCUCUUGAGUCUUCACUUUUAAACUACUACUUGAAUUGCC